AGCACCAAAAGUCAAUAGGUUUACACUAUUUUUAAACCACAAACAAAAUAACAAUUAUAUACAACAUAAAAUGAAGCUUCCAUUUAGAGCCUGUCUUGGUUUGUCCAUGAUAAUGAUCCUGCCCUUCGGCCAGUGCCCCAGACUAUGGGAGUCAACGGCCCUGAGUGUGUACAAUGGGAGUACGGAUACUACUCCUGGCUGCUGUUCUUCGAACUGGCUGACGCAGUUGCAGCAAUCCUGGUGUCCGCUGCUUAGGUUACUAAUUCUGGGUUUAGUGACGCUGCCGAUCUACAAUGCAGUUCUCAUUCUGGUGGGCUGGCUUUUCCAUUGCAGCACCAAGAGCAAUGCAGAGCAUUUCAGGCUGGACACGAGACCUAAGAAGCAUCCAACCCCACAGUCACCGUUAAUUCCACCAAAGCCACCACCACGCAUAAGGCGCCGUUUAACUUUAAGUUCUCCUAAAAGACCAAGUACUUCCGCACCUGAACCCGUACCCUAUCCCAAUCACAAAAAUCCAUUUGCCGAACAUGAACAGUACCAGGUUCUGAGACGGAAUCUUCAGUUAGUCCUAAAGGGCCUGCAGAAUCCGCCGUUAGAAAUUGCACCUCCAAUGCUACCGGAAUCUAUCAUAAAGCGUUCCGAGAUACCUUCGGAGAUACUUUCGGAUGUAGCCUCCUUAUGUCCAUCUGAGGUCCAGAAGAAACGCUCAAAGGUCAUCUUCAAGCGCCUUUGGCAGAAAUGGAGAAGCCGAAACAAACUAAAGACGUCUAAGAAAUCACUGGUCAGCGUUUCCUCUUCUAGCUGCUCCAGCACCAACGUCUCUAGUUGUUUUUAUGUUUAUUUAGAGGAAACCUAACCAAGUUCGAAGGCUGCACACAGUCAUGUAUAUUUAUUGAGAAAUCCCAAAAGAAUAUGUUUUAUUUUUUUUACGAUUAAAAGUGUGCUAUAAAGGCCUUGCCUGGA